CCUCAUUCAGCUGUUUGCCUCCACGCCGAGCUUGUAAAGCACAACAUUCUGGCCGGAGCUUGGAGCUGAGAGGAGCCGUUUUUGUUUUUUGUUUUUUUUGGUGCGAAGCAGUUUCUUCACCGUGGAAUUGAAGUGUUCCUUCAAAGACGAUGGACGUUCGAGGGCUUUGCUUGAUGUUUUGCCUCCUGCUGCUGGCACACUGCUCGCCCCAGCAGACGCCCUCCAAGAAAAGAAACGGCAAGAAAGACUCUGCGACGAAUGCUGCAAUUGAAGAGCUAAAGAAACAGAUUGAUGACAUUUUUCAGGAGCUCAACGUGCUGAAGGAGCAGCAGGCUUUACAGACAAUUUGUCUGAAAGGCACGAAGAUCCUCCGCAAGUGUUUCCUGGCUGAUCCGGGGAAGAAGAACUUCCACGCAGCCAGCGACGACUGCAUCGCCAAAGGAGGCAGCCUGAGCACCCCUCUGACGGGCGAUGAGAACGACCAGCUCUACAGCUACGUCCGCCAGAGCAUCGGCCCAGACGAGCACAUCUGGCUGGGCAUCAACGACAUGGUGACCGACGGCCAGUGGGUGGACCAGUCGGGCUCCAGCGUUCGCUUCAAGAACUGGGAGACGGAGAUCACCCUGCAGCCGGACGGGGGGCGCAGCCAGAACUGUGCCAUCCUGUCCACCACGGCCAACGGGAAGUGGUUCGAUGAGAACUGCAGGGCUGAAAAGGCCUCUGUGUGCGAGUUCAACAUUGUUUGAGAGAUUCGUGUUUCGAUUAUGAACUUUAAGCGCCGCUUGCUGCAAAGAAUGAAGAUGCUAUCAGGUACAUUCAUACAUUGGAAAAAAUAACACGCUGCGUCCUUCCUCGACUCUCGUUUCCUUGAUCAGGUCGUCCAGAUGUCACUUCAGAGAGAUUUCACUCAGUGGUCAGGGAUAACAGUGUGCCUUUGUAUAAGCUAAACUCACUGGAACAUGAUAUUUUACAGAGUUAAGCCCAAAAUUGUUCAUAUGCAUGCCAAGUUUAGGUUUAUAGUGAACUUUUAUUUAACCAACAGGGUUCUUCUGGCGGGAAGUUACAAAAAAAGUGACGAAUGAUGGUAAGAUAGAGGUGAUAGUGAUGAAUUUGAACUAUUUCUUUCACAUUUUUGCUAUAAAUUGUACCUUUUCUGUGCCAGUAUAACUAGUCCUGGUCAUUUCUACCACUUUCUAGAAGAGCUCGUGCAACUGUUCUCUUGUCACUUCAAUGGAAGUCAUGACUAAAACCAAAGAGCUCAGAUAGCAUGUUCAGAGUGAUGCACAUUUCGGGUGCUCACAAGAUGAAGAAAGGCUAUGAAGUCAUAUCCAAGGGAAUUUUGAAAUAACCAUUAAUCAAAAACAUCUCUAACGCAUUGUCUUACUGUCUUUUGUCACUUGUUAUGUCAUUUAAAACCAAAAGAACCCCCCCUCUCAAAGAAAAAUCACAAUUUAGGGCUUUACUGUGCUUUAAAUAAAUGUGGUCUCCAUCACUUCAACAUAUUUUAUACCAUCUUAGAUACUCAUGAGGUAAAUACCAGAUGGCUUGUCUUUGUUUCAUUUUUGCCUGAAGAACAAUUAUCAUGUGUGCCUUUUUAAAAGUCAAGUUAUGCUGCUUACGUUUCAUUAUAUGGUGAUAAUAAUAAACAUGUAUCUAAUCACGUGAUGCUCUCAUUUUGUUCUUGCUCAAAUAAAAAAAAAAUCAGCAGAUACAUGGGAAUAGUUUCUUCCUCACAGUAGGAAAAAGUGCUUCAAAAAAUACAAAUAAAGAAUUAAGUGGU